GACCCCCCGCCCGUGGUCCCGUGUCUCGGCGCUGGGGCCCAGAGGGCGGCGCCAGCCAGCGAGCCGCGGGGCGGGGCGGGGCCAGGCCGGACCCGCCGCUGGCCUCCGGCGGGGCGGCGAGAAGGGGGCCAUGGAGGCACCGGACUGCCACUACCAGUUUCGGAUCGCGCUACUGGGGGACGCGGCCGUGGGCAAGACGUCGCUGCUGCGGCGCUACGUGGCGGGAGCGCCCGGGGCCCCGGAGCCCAAGCCCGAGCCCGAGCCCGAGUGGGCGCCCACAGUGGGCGUCGAGUUCUACAGCCGCAAGCUGCAGCUGCCCGCCGGGCCGCGCGUCAAGCUGCAGCUUUGGGACACCGCGGGCCACGAACGCUUCAGGUGCAUCACCAGGUCCUUUUACCGGAAUGUGGUAGGUGUCCUACUGGUCUUUGAUGUGACAAACAGGAAGUCCUUUGAACAUAUCUGCGACUGGCACCAGGAGGUCAUGGCCACUCAGGGCCCAAACAAGGUGAUCUUCUUACUGGUUGGCCACAAGAGUGAUCUGCAGAGCACCCGUGUUGUCUCAGCCCAGGAGGCAGAGGAGCUGGCUGCCUCCCUGGGCAUGGCCUUCAUGGAGACCUCGGCCAAAAAGAACUGCAAUGUGGACCUGGCCUUCAACACCCUUGCUGAUGCCAUCCAGCAGGCUCUGGAGCAGGGGGACAUCAAGCUGGAAGAGGACUGGGGGGGUGUCCGGCUCAUCCACAAGGCCCAAGUCCCCAGGUCCCCCCACAGGAAGCAGCCCCCAGGCCCAUGUCAGUGUUGACUCUGGGAGGGAAAGGGUUAAACCUCUGUCAACCUCAGAAGUGCUGCUGGAAUGGGGAGUGGCAGGAUAUUUCUGGAGAUCAAAUGGCAGGAUGUAUCCAAAGGGUUAACAUAAACAGUAUCUUAGCAGUCA